AUGGGGAAUGGGAAGCUCGCCACGGACCCCAGCUGCUGCGCCACCGGUGGCUCCUGCACGUGCAGAGACUGCAGACGCACCUCCCGCCGGAAGAACUGCUGCUCCUGGUGCCCCGGGGGCUGCACCAAGCGCGCCCAGGGCUGCAUCUGCACAGGAGCAUCGGACAAGUGCAGCUGCUAUGCGUGA